AUGAAAUCGGAAUUGUUGGUUAUAUCUUUUCAUUUAUUAGCAUUUAUUAUUUUAAUGGAAGGACUUUUUCCAUAUUCAUCAUCAACAAACAAUAUUGCUAAUCGAUCUUGUUUUGAUUCUCAAGAAUCAUCUAAACAUCAUGUUAUAAUUAUGUUAAUUGAUGCUCUUCGUUCUGAUUAUGUAUUUAAUAGAAAUAAUUCUUCAUUUUAUUUAAAAUCUAUUGAAAAAUUCGAAGAAAAUGGAAAAGCUUUAUCAUUUAAAUUACGUUGUCAUACUCCAACAGUAACAUUACCUCGAUUAAAAGCAUUAUUAACAGGUACAAUACCAUCAUUUUGGGAUAUUAUUUAUAAUUAUAAUUCAAGUAAACUUGAAUUAGAUAAUAUAUUAAUUCAAUAUAAAAGAAAAUAUCCUGAAAAUAAAAUUGUUUUUUAUGGUGAUGAUACAUGGAUUAAAUUAUUUCCAAAUGAUAUUUUUUCUCGAUCAAAAGGUCUUCAAUCAUUUUUUGUUACAGAUUUUAAAGAAAUUGAUUUAAAUGUAACUGAAGGUCUUUAUUCAGAAUUAAAUCAAAUGAAUGAAUGGAAUUUAUUAAUUGUUCAUUAUUUAGGUCUUGAUCAUAUAGGUCAUGCAUAUGGAGCUUUUAAUAGUUUUAUUAAAGAUAAAUUAAAUGAAUUUGAUAAAAUAAUUGAAAAUAUUUAUUUAAAAUUAAAUAAAAAUGAUAUAUUAAUAAUAACAGGUGAUCAUGGAAUGGCAGAUAAAGGUGGACAUGGAGGUUCAUCAUUUGUUGAAAUAAAUGUUCCAUCUGUAUUUAUAUCUAAUCAAUUUAAUAAUGUUAAACAAAUAAAUAAUAAAGAAUAUCUUCAAAUUGAUUUAACCCCAACAUUAAGUGGUUUACUUGAAAUAAGUAUACCUUGGAAUAAUCUUGGAAUAUUAAUUGAAUAUGUUUUAGAAAGUUUUUAUUCAAAAAAAACAAAAUCAAAUUUAUUAAAAUGUUUAAUUGAUGAUAAUAGAAGACAAUUAUUUAAUCUAUUAUCUGAUAAAGAUUUAUCAAUAUCUUAUUCAAAUGAUCUUAAAUUAAUUCGUGAUAAAGCUAUGUCAUUAUCAAAUCAACAAGAUUUUAUUCAAAUUUUAUUUAGUAUUUUACUUUUCUGUUCUAGUACAAUUAUGUUAUGGUUUAAUGUUGAAAAAACUUCAUUGUUUUCAAUUAUUGUAUUAAUCAUAUAUUAUUUGAUAUCUGGAAAAAUUCUUCUUAGUUUCUGCAUUGGUGCUUUUUGUUUAUCUAUAAUUGUUAUUCAAAUGAAUAAAAGAAAAAUUAUUGAUUAUAAAAGAAAAACUGAAAAUAAUAUUUCUGAUAGAUUUUUAAUUUAUUAUCCAUUAUUUCAUUUAAUAUCAUUAUUUUCAAGUAGUUUUAUUGAAGAAGAACAUCAAAUUUGGUAUUUUUUCUUAUCAACUUAUUUAUUAUUACGAACAAUUGAACAAAAAUCUUUUCAAACUUUCUUUAUGUUAAUUUUAUCUCGUUUUAUACGUUCUUGGAAUCAAACUGGAAAUAAAUGGUUACAUUUAACAGAUAUUGGAGAUUAUAUUAAUGCUUAUUUAUCUCGCUUAACACCAUUAUUAUAUUAUGUUUUAUUAAUAAUGUUAAUUAUUGUUAAUAGAUUGUCAAUAGAAAAAUUGUUAUUUUGUUUAUUAUAUAUAUUAUGUCGUACACAUAAUUGUGUAAUAAUAAUUGUUCAUAUGAUAUUUAAUAUAUUUAUAAAUGAAAAUGAUGCUCAUAUAUUAUUUUUAUUUAGUCAAUCAGCAUUUUUUCAUCUAGGAAAUUCAAAUUCAUUUGUAACAAUCGAUAUAUCAAGUGGUUUUGUUGGUAUUCCAAUAUAUAUUCCAAUAAUUCAUGGAAUAUUUAUUUAUUUAUCAACAUAUGGUUUAUCAAUUAUUUGGUUAUUUAAAUUAUCAAAAUCUGAAUUAAAUCGUUAUUUAAUUAAAAUAACAUUGAUAAAUAGUACAUUUUCAUUGUGUAUUUUAAUUCAACGUUAUCAUUUAUUUGUUUGGACUGUUUUUGCUCCGAAACUUUUUUAUUUAUGUGCUCAAACAGCUUUUAACUUAUUUCUUUUUAUUAUGAUAAAAUAA